GACCUAUUGAAUAAACAAAGGCGUCACACAUGGCGUCUAGGUUAUAUGCCCCAUCGAGUUCAAAAGGAACUAAACGGCCAUUAAGCAGAUCAUCUUCUGAAACGAAAACAAAACGAGUCAAAACUGCCAAUGGUGAAUUUCUGACUAAUGGUACAAAACACAAUAUUGAAGGUACAGUAAAAUGUAAAUUCUGUUAUCAAAUAAAACCAGAAAUUGUGAGUAUUCCUUCUGAUGCUGAAAUUGAAUGUAUUGUACUCACAAAUGAUGUUUUAGCAAAUAUUUACACAGAUAAAUUAGAUGUUAUAAGUCAUAAUAUAACUAACUAUAGUAUUUAUGACGAAAAUGGACACUUGUGUUCAAUGGAUUCAGGAAUUAUGGAAAGAAAUGUACCAAUAUAUUUAACUGGUUAUGUAAAACCAAUUUAUGAUCAUGAUACCUGUAUUGAAAAUGGAAUUGCAGUUAAAGAAUUAGGGCCCAUUUUUGAGUGGUUUUUAACAACAUAUGAUGGUGGUUCAAAGGUAAUAAUUGGUGUUUGCACUGAAUUUGCUGAUUAUUUAUUGGUUGAACCACAUCAAAAUUACAAAAAGUACAUGACAUCUGUAAUUGAAAAGAUACAUCUAAGUAAACUAGUUAUAGAAAGAAUAUUAGAUAAUCAAGAAUCUGACGAUUCAACUUAUGAGGAUGUUUUAAAUUCUGUAGUAAAUUCUAUAAAUCCUGCAACAAAUAUCAAAUUUACCGAAGAAGAUCUCAUUGCUCACGCCCAAUUCGUACUUGAUCAAGUAAUAGAAUAUGACUCAACUGCUGAAUAUCGUUUCCCAUUAGUUGAUACACAAUGUAUUGAAACAUUGACAGAACUUUCAGGAGCUGUGAAACCCACCAAAGCACCUCGUAGAAGAUUAAAUAUACGUAGAAGAAAUACUGUGAAAGCUGAUAUUAGUAAAAGAGAGUUCAGUAAAGCCACUACUACAGAACUAGUAAAAAACAUAUUUGAAAAUAUGUUUGCUGCACAAUUGGAUAAUGAUGGUGAUAAAGAAAGUGAAGAAGUUUUACAAGAACAUGUUAAGACUGUAUUUGAUGAUAUUAGAUUAUGCAAAUAUGCUUUUAAGAGACCUCCAAAAUCGAAUAAGAAAAUAUUUAUUGUUGCAAAACAAGAUUCUUCUACUGAUCUGAUAAUUGGUCGUAUUGAAUACAUGUUUCAAAAAAACUCUGCAACUAUGGUCCACAUAGUUUUAUUUAUGCAUGGUAAUAAAACAAUACUUGGCGAUACAUCAGACCCUCGGGAAAUAUUUCUUCUAAACAAAUGUACUGAUAUUAAUAUUAAUAAUGUAAUUCAAGUUGUUGAUGUAACAUAUAAAAAGCCAUGCAAAGAUUGGUUCAAUCUCGGGGACUCUAAAUUAGAAGAUAUUACAGAACCAAUUAAUAGACAAGAAAUAAAUACAUUUUUUUUUCAAUUUCAGUAUAAUGAUGAAUGUGCACGAUUUGAAGAUAUAGAUAGUUCUGAUAUAGAUGAUACUAUGCAUGAUCCAAAUGAAAACAAAAUAUGUAGAAACUGUGUAAAGGAAAAUUUGGAAAAAAAAUCUCAAAUUCCACAAUUACUUGAAUAUGUAGAAAAAAAAAAAGAUUUAUAUUUUUUUUAUAAUUUCAAAUUAUUGAAUGAAACAUACAAAGUUGGAAAUUUUAUUUACUUACAGCCUGGGAUAUUUUCAAAAACUUCAAGAUUAAACUUUGUAGAACAUAGAUCAUUCGUAUUAAAUGAUACAAAAAAAAAUAAAAAUAGUCCAUUAUUAAAAAAUGUUGAUGAAACUGAGUACCCUGAAUAUUAUCGAAAGACACUGGAAAAUUCAAUGCGUGGUUCCAAUGAAUCAACCCCAGAUCCUUUUGAAAUUGGAGAGAUUAUAGCAAUAUAUGUUACUAAAGGUGAUAAAAAAAAUAUCAAAGCCAUUAUAAGACGUAUGUAUAGAGCAGAACAAAUUAGCAAUGACAAAAGUUUGGAUAUGAAUAUGCUCUUUUGGUCAGAUGAGGAGUUUGUAAUAGGAUAUAAUGAUAUAAUUGCAAAAUGUUAUGUAUCACACAUUGCAAACAUUAAAGAUCCCAUGGCUUGGUUUGUUGGUGGACCUGAUCGAUUUUACUUCAAAACUAAAUAUGAUUUUUUAACUGGCUCCAUUGUUCCAGAAUAUAAACUUCCAAGUAAAGCAAGACUGGUUGGAAUGGAAGUUUAUGUUAAUUAUAAUUAUAGUUAUGUAAAGGAAGAUAAAAUACAAUAUAUACCAGCUCAUAAAAAAAUUAAUCCACUUAGAGGACUAGAUAUAUUUGCAGGGUGCGGUGGAUUGUCUAAGGGCUUAGAAGACAGUGGAUUACUGAAUACCGAAUGGGCUAUAGAGAGUGAUGAUAAAGCCGCUGCUGCCUUUAAAUUGAAUAACCCCAAUUCAACUGUAUUUAUUGAAGAUUGCAAUCAUUUGUUAAAGUUAGCCAUGUCUGGUAGAAAAACUAAUGACAAAAAUCAAAAGAUACCACAAAGAGGCGAAGUAGAUUUUAUUUGUGGAGGUCCCCCAUGCCAGGGAUUCAGUGGUAUGAACCGUUUCAAUUCUGGUCAAUAUUCAUUGUUUAAGAACUCUUUGAUUGUUUCAUUUUUAUCAUAUAUUGACUACUACAGACCAAAAUUUUUUGUUAUGGAAAAUGUUAGAAAUUUUGUAUCAUUUAAUAAAGGUAUGACUUUAAGAUUAACUCUUAGGUGUAUAACACGUAUGGGCUAUCAAUGCUCUUUCGGUAUUCUUCAAGCCGGUAAUUUUGGUGUACCUCAAACAAGGAGAAGGUUGAUAAUUUUGGCAGCAGCACCUGGUGAAUCAUUACCAUUGUAUCCAGAGCCCACUCAUGUGUUCAAUAAGAGAAGCUCGAGUGUAAAUGUACAAAUUCACGAUAAAAAAUACAGAACAAAUUGCAAAUAUGAUGAAUCUGCUCCUUUAAGAACAGUUACAGUGUACGAUGCUUGGUCAGAUUUACCUGAAAUAACAAAUGGAGCAAACAACGAAGCAAUUCCCUAUAAACACAAACCUAUAACGCAUACUCAAAGACUACUGAGAUAUCCUAAAAAUAGUUUUGCAGAAUCUAUAUUAACGGAUCAUAUUUGUAAAGAUAUGGCACCUUUAGUGCAAGCCAGAAUUGAACUGAUUCCUACACGCGAUGGAAGUGAUUGGAGAGAUUUGCCGAAUAAAGAAGUAAAAUUAUCCGAUGGAACUAUAACUAACAUUCUUAUGUAUAACUAUCAUGAUGUAAAGAAUGGUAAAGGUCCGGACGGUGAAUUACGUGGAGUCUGCGAUUGUGCCAGUGGAAUGGCUUGUAGUCAACAAUAUCGUCAGAACAACACAAUCAUACCAUGGUGUCUCCCUCAUACAGCAAACAGACAUAACAAUUGGGCCGGUUUAUAUGGGCGUCUCUCUUGGUCAGGAUUUUGUUCAACAACAAUAACCAAUCCAGAACCUAUGGGAAAACAGGGCAGGGUGCUACAUCCGGAACAACAUCGUGUUGUAAGUGUUCGAGAGUGUGCACGAUCUCAAGGGUUUAAUGAUUCAUUUUUAUUCUAUGGCCCAAUUAUUAACAAACAUCGGCAAAUUGGAAAUGCGGUGCCCCCUCCUAUGGGUAAGGCUAUUGGUCAUGAAAUAAUUAAAGCUAUAUCCAAAAAAUCUCAGAUGUAUAAAUAAGAUUACUAGGGAGAAUACAUUUAUUCUUCUAAGAAAUUAAUAUAUUUUUCCAUAUUUAUUAAUUCAUUUAUUAUUUUGCAUUUAUUAUUAAUCAACCUUAUAUCAUUAUUAUUUUUUUUCAUCAACAAAAUUGAAUUAUUAUUUUUUUUCAUCAGC